AUGCUCAGCCACAUCCAGGGACCUAUAAAUAUUUCACCGCAGCUUCUGCGCCUGUUCCAGGCGCAGCGGGCGGUGGCCCCCCGGCACUCAGCCCCGUUCCCCCAGGGCUCGGCGGACUCCUACACCAGCCGCCCAUCCCUGGACUCCGACGUGUCCCUGGAAGAGGACCGUGAGGGCGCCCGGCGCGAGGUGGAGAGCCAGGCUCAGCAGCAGCUCGAGAGGGCCAAGCACAAGCCGGUCGCCUUCGCUGUGCGCACCAAUGUCAGCUACUGCGGGGCGCUGGAUGAGGAGUGCCCGGUGCAGGGAGCCGCCAUCAACUUCGAAGCCAAAGAUUUCCUGCACAUCAAGGAGAAAUACAGCAAUGACUGGUGGAUCGGGCGCCUAGUGAAGGAGGGGGGGGACAUCGCCUUCAUCCCCAGCCCCCAGCGCCUGGAAGCCAUGAGGCUCAAGCAGGAGCAGAAAGCCAGGAGAGCUGGCAAUGCCUCGGGCCUCGGCGACAGCGGGAGCCGGCGAUCGCCUCCCCCCUCCUUAGCCAAGCAGAAGCAGAAGCAGACGCAGCACAUCCCACCCUACGACGUGGUGCCCUCCAUGCGGCCCGUGGUGCUGGUGGGGCCCUCACUGAAAGGAUACGAGGUCACCGACAUGAUGCAGAAAGCCCUCUUCGAUUUCCUCAAGCACAGAUUCGACGGCAGGAUCUCCAUCACCCACAUCACAGCUGAUCUGUCCCUGGCCAAGCGCUCCAUCCUCAACAACCUGGGCAAGCAGGCGAUCCUGGAGCGCUCCACCACCCGCUCCAGCAUCGCUGAGGUGCAGAGCGAGAUCGAGCGCAUCUUCGAGCUGGCCAAGUCCCUGCAGCUGGUGGUGCUGGACGCUGACACCAUCAACCACCCAGCCCAGCUGGCCAAGACCUCCCUGGCACCCAUCAUCGUCUACGUCAAGGUGUCCUCCCCCAAGGUCUUGCAGCGGCUCAUCAAGUCCAGGGGCAAGUCGCAGGUGAAGCACCUCAACGUGCAGAUGAUGGCAGCCGACAAGCUGGUGCAGUGUCCCCCGGAGCUCUUCGAUGUGAUCCUGGAUGAGAACCAGCUGGAGGACGCCUGCGAGCACCUGGCCGAGUACCUGGAGGUUUACUGGCGCGCCACGCACCACCCGCCACACGCCCCCCACGCUGUCCCCUCGCCCACCGGACUGCCAGGCCUGCAGGGCCAGCAGCUGCUGGGGGAGCGCGGCGAGCACUCGCCGCUGGAGCACGACAGCCUGAUGCCAUCGGACGAGGCCGGGGACACCUCGCCCCAGCCUUGGGGAGCCACAUCACAGCGCAGCUCGCGGCACCUGGAGGAGGAGGAGGAGUACGGGGACCCCUACCCCGACCUGUACCAGCCCCACCGGCACCACGGCAGCGGGCCCGGCACGCCGGAGCGCCCGAGCGAGCGCAACCACGACAGGAACUGGCAGCGCAGCCGGCCCUGGGCCAAGGACAGCUACUAGGGGUGGGGAGGCGGGGGUGGGGGGGAGACACGGCUGGAAACCGACACCACCCCCCUCACCCCCCAAAAAAUAACCCCGGGCGCUCCCCGCCUCGCCCCAGCCCCGCGCUGGGGGUGCUCAGACAAUCGAACUCCGCACCGGCAGCUUCCUCUGGCCCGGGCCCCCGGGCACGUUCUUCAGCCAUAAGCACAGCGCGGGGGGGUGGCGGCCAGGAUGCCCUGGGGAUCCCGGGGACAGACACACGCCUUCGCCCUGCCUCAGUGUCCCCUCCCCGGGCCCUGCAUCCCGGGCUGGCUCAUCCUCCGCAGGGCAGCUGCCACGGAGAGCGGGUGCCUCCCCCUUCCAGAAAGGGGAGGUAAAGGAGGUGGGGCGGUUGUAGCAGCAUCGCCCACCCCGCAGAGACCCGAGGAAGAAAGGGAAGGUGCCUGCUCACCCCCCCCCCUCCCCGCACCCCGGGACCCGGCCUGCCCCCUCCCCACCCCUGCAUGGGACCCCCGGGAGGAGCGGGUGACACCACUCGCUUCCCCCCAGCCCCGGUCAGCUCAGCCGCCCCAGCCCCGCUCCCGGGACAGACUCGGGGGGCUGCAGGGGGCUGCUCCACGCUUGCACCCGCCGCCCCGAACCCGCUGUCCCGACGCCGUCACCGCACGUCACCACAGAGUCCUGUAAAUACAGCGCCCACCGCCCGCGGC